CCAGGAGGCGAGCUGCGUGACGUUCAUGACCAACAGAGUGAGCCGGACGUGCCGGCUGUACGGGGCGAGGAUCACGCGCUACAACGCUCUGGUGACGUCGGUGGGUUACAGGUCAUACGACACGUGCAGAGGUCAGUUCAGUGGGUUGCAGGUCAUACGUCACGUGCGGAGGUCAGUUCAGUGGGUUAAAGGUCAUACGAUACGUGCAGAGGUCAGUUCGGUAGGUUACGGGUCAUAUGACACGUGCAGAGGUCAGUUCGGUGGGUUACAGGUCAUACGGCACGUGCAGAGGUCAGUUCAGUGGGUUAAAGGUCAUACGGCACAUGGAGAGGUCAGUUCGGUGGGUUAAAGGUUUUAAAAGACAUUUAGAGGUCAGUUAACUGGGCUAUGGGUAGGUCCUACGACACGUGCAGGGGUCAGUUAACUGGGCUAUAGGUAGGUCCUACGACACAUGCAGAGGUCAGUUCUGUGGGUAACAUGUCAUAAGACAUAUGUAGAGGUCAGGUCAGUGGGUUUCAGGUCAUAAGACAGUGGGUUCUAUCUUAUAUUAUUUGUAGGGUUGUGCUUUAUGACCCAUCAAGAUGAAGGCAGUCGUUUUUAAGUUUAAGCUAGGGGUCAAUUUGAUGGAUGGUAAUGGUCAAUUGCUUAAAAUAUACAUUACUUAAAUGACACCAUUCAAAAAAUUGUCUAGAAUUGUGUUUGUAUCGAGCUUUUCUCAAAACAGGAUGGUCCAGUAAAUAUCUCUUUCUCUAUCUAUAUCUGUAUCUAUAUCUAUAUCUUUACCCCCCCCUCUCUCUCUCUCUCUCUCUCUCUCUCUCUCUCCCUCCAUCCCUCCAUCCAUCCAUCCAUCCAUCCAUCCAUCCAUCCAUCCAUCCAUCAAUCCAUCCAUCCAUCCAUCCAUCCAUCCAUCCAUCCAUCCAUCCAUCCAUCCAUCCAUCCAUCCAUCCAUCCAUCCAUUUAUAAAUUUAUUUAUUUAUUUAUUUAAAAGAGAUACAUGUAAAUAAUUUUCAUUUUUUAAACUUUAAAGCCAGUUGAUCGACAAGAAGUUACAUUCAAUUAUUAAGAUAAAAUAUUAGAAAUUAAUUUAUUUUGUGUUUGUGCAACAGCCACCAACGCCUUUGGCACGAUCUGCAGCCAGAACUCCAACUGUGUCCUGGCCAACACCGUGUGCAUAGAUCUGACUUGCCAGUGUGACGCUGGCUGGUGCUAUUCACCCAACUCUCUGAGCUGCGUUCGGGGUGAGGAGGUUAGACUAACAGUAACCAUAUCAGCUUUAUGUUUACAGUAACCAUAUCAGCCUUGGGUUAAAGUAACCACAUCAGCUUUGUGUUACAGUAACCAUAUAUAUCAGCUUUUUGUUACAGUAGCCAUAUCAGCUUUGUGUUACAGUAACCCUAUCAGUUUUGUGUCAACAGCAACAAUAUUUUUGUCGGAAUACAAUUUUGUUAUGAAAAAAAAAAUAUUCCUAGAAAAUGAUUAGUUUUCCCGUUUAAUUUUGUUAUUCUUCAAUGCUGUUGCAAAAAUUUAAGACUUAAAUGAUAUAAAAAAAUUUAAAAAAAAAGAAAACAACAUGGCUUUGUAAAUGAAAAGGAAAGUAAACCAGAGGAGACAUUCCCGUAACACUAGGCAUUGGUGAAAUUCUACUAGGCACGAAGCUCCACAUCAGCUUGGACAAACAAAGGAUUUGGCCCAAAAACUGCCUUUUAAAAAAAAAAAAUUAAUAAAGCGUAGCUGACUCUAUGGAAAUUUCAUCACUAGACGAUUUAGCAUUCAUUUCAACCACGGACGCCAUCACAUCAACCAAUGACACCAUCACAUCAACCAUUGACACCAUUACAUCAACCAAUGACACCAUUACAUCAACCAAUGACGCCAUCACAUCAACCAUUGACGCCAUCACAUCAACCAUUGACACCAUCACAUCAACUAUUGACGCCGUCACAUCAACCAAUGACAACAUCACAUCAACCAAUGACAACAUGACAUCAAACAUUGACACCAUCACAUCAACCAUGGACGCCAUCACAUCAACCACUGACACCAUCACAUCAACCAAUGAUACCAUCACACCAACCACUGACACCAUCACAUCAGCCACGGACGCCAUCAGAUCAACCAUUUGACACCAUCCCAUCAACCACUGCUACCAUCACAUCAUAUCCACCAUUGUCAAAAAUCAUAUCAACCCAUGUAUCAACCGUAGAGCCGAUCCCAUUGAUCUAUAAAUCAAGCCUGGCAUUCCGUUAUUCCAGCGUGUGUCCAGUACGGGGACAUGUUCACCAAGUUCGUCCACUCCUACAUCUCCGGCAACAACCUGAUCGCCCUGUCCGCCGCCCAGUACCUGACCCCCACCGGCUGCGGGUCGGCGUGCGUCAACACGACGUCCUUCGUCUGCCUGUCCUUCGAGCUGGACUACACGUUCAACAAGUGCUACCUGCAGUCCGUCACCCCAUUCUUGGUCAGCCUGCUGGACUUCCUGAGACUGCUGACGUCGGACACAGACUACUACCAGAGACACUGCAAGUAUCUACCAGGAGCCUGAUCCCCACCGAGUUCCGACGAAAGUACUGGUGGAGUGCAUUGAUGACGUGGCUAGAGAGCUGCGCUGUAGCACCCGUGGGUAUAGUGUGAUCUUUUUAAAACAAAUAAUAAAG